CUUCAAUGAUUUGUUCACCUAGGUUCUACGACACAUCGUGCGGCAAAUCGGCAUGCCAUUUGCUGCGCUGAAAGAACACGUCCUGCCUGCUAUGAUCCUACACCACUGAGCCACCGUUCUUCGAUUUGCUCUCGUGCUCAACUCUCAAGUCGGGCACGGUCCAGCAUCGAAACGCCCAUAGUGACAAAGAUUCACCUGUCAAAUCGGAUGCCGCAACAUAUUGCAGAUGGUGCCAGCACGGAAUCGUACCUUGGAUCAGGACUCUGGAACCUUGAUGACGGUCAAUCUAUUCCGUCGCAAUGGACGAGCAGGAGCAUGUCACUGUGCUUCCCGAAUUGUUCUCUCUUCCAGCAUCUGCAUCGCCUCCUUUUAGCAUUUCUCAGCUGCAACAAGCCAUUCAGGACGCUUUGAAUUCGGAUCAUGAAUCGUUGGCAGACGAGUCAGCUGCUCAGCCUGAAGCAACGGAACAAGAUGAAUUGCAGCGUCGCAUUUCUCUCCGCAGAAUCCGACAGCGUGUUUCUCACGUACAUGAGGAUGGAGAGCUCUUGCGUAGACUCCGGAAGCGCUGGGAGGACUGGUCUACCACGGAAGCUCGGCAGACAAAUCAGAAGAAUCAAGAGAAUUACCGCAAGAGAAAAAGAGGCGGUAUCGACGGUGGUCAUCAGGCGACGGGCCCGGAUGAUGGACUGCAAGAAGGAGUCUUUCACCUCGUUGAAGUUAAUACCCUUCUUGAAGAACUCGACGCUCGGAUACCGCUGUCUUUCCGGUUUGCCUCCUACGAAUCUCCGUCAAUCUCGUGGACAGCGAAACGCCCAGCAACGGAGAGCAAUGCAGUCUCACUCACCGCGAUCAGUGCCUACGCACAGCGCGUGUCGCCGUCCAGCCAAAACCUCCUACAUCAGCCGACUCUGGUAUCCGACGUCAUCAGCAUCGGGCCGCGCGUCAAAUUGCAACUCGACGCGCAGCAGAACAGUCUCUCAGAAGGCGAAGGUCUCAUCCUUGACGUGGACAUCUAUUCGCGCACAUCUGUGCCGGUCGCACGGAUGUCCCGCAACAAAUCCGAAGAGCAGGCGGUACUCGGAGGUAUUGAGGCCAAUUCGCCUCGAGAGGGUCCAGAUGACGAACCUGCAGAGUCGGAGUCAACCUCAAAGGCGCCUUUGAGCUACAGGAGAAGAGCCCAGGAUGAGCUCGAUGGCGCGCUUACAUUGACGCAGUCACUUGAGAUUGAUUCUCGAAGCUCGCUGAAGCUCUUCAGAGACACCGUCAUGUGCAGGUGGAACGAUCUUCCAGAAGAGAGCCGUGAUUCCCUCCGCGGUGGCAGGGCCGUGCCGAGCUACAGCAACCACACAGCGAAUGGCGGCUGCGCCCUUUGCAUCGAGGAUGUUAUUUACUGUGAAGAUGUCGUGAGGGGCUAUGCAAGCACAUUGCGUUCCCAUCUUGCAGAAAAACGAUCUGGCUGCAAGCCGGAAGAGAUAUCUAUAAGUGCACGUUCGUUAUCCGAGAUGACAAUCGACAAGCUACCUGCUCUCCGCACAGGCCGACCAUACUGGCUCUGGCAUUGUGGUUCAUGCCAACACAUCUUCAUCGUACGCUCCGUCCGUCUCCGACACGCCGACACGGAUCAAGCAGCCGUGUUGGGACCUCGCAUCACCUACCUGGCUGCUGGCUCCGUCAUCCGUCCGGGUAUCCUCUUUCGCCGUACAGGAAAAGCGGACAACUAUCGUGGCGGAAAGUGCGGAAUAUGCGACGUACGUUUCCCAGACCUGCUGGUUUUUGGCGGCGAGCGCGUGCAUGCGCCGAACUCAGCGUCAAGGGAAACUACUUUUGGCCUGGAGGGCAUGCGCGAAAACAUGCUGGUUUGUCGCGUAUGUUACGAGGUCGCGACCGGCCGCAAGGAGCCUGUUGUCCCCAUCCCUUCCGAACAAGGGAAGAAAGAAGGUAAGGGGAAACGGAAAGCUCAAAUGAAGGAGGACGAGAUACAAAGCGAUAGCGCUGCAGAAGAGGAGCAAGAUCACACGCAAGUGAACAAGUGGACCACUGUCCCCUUGCUCGAUUGAUCAAGGGUGGGAAGACGCGUGCAUGUAAUGCAUUUCAUG